GCGCCUGAGCGUCCGUGCGCGCCAUCGGCCAUGGCCACGCGCCCCUCGGGCGCCGUGCGCCGCUGCCUGCUGGCUCUCGUGCUCUGCUGCGGCUGGGGGUCGCUGGUCGCGGUCGCCCAGAAGCCGGGCGCCGGGUGUCCGAGCCGCUGUCUGUGCUUCCGCACCACCGUGCGCUGUAUGCAUCUGCUGCUGGAGGCCGUGCCCGCCGUGGCGCCGCAGACCUCCAUCCUGGAUCUUCGCUUCAACAGAAUCAGGGAGAUCCAGCCGGGGGCGUUCCGGCGGCUGAGGAACUUGAACACGCUGCUCCUCAACAACAACCAGGUAAAGAGGAUCCCCGGCGGGGCCUUCGAGGACCUGGAGAACCUCAAGUACCUCUAUUUGUACAAGAAUGAGAUCCAGGCAAUUGACAGGCAAGCGUUUAAGGGACUUUCCUCUCUAGAGCAACUAUACCUGCACUUCAACCAGAUAGAGACGCUGGACCCCGAGGCCUUCCAACACCUGCCGAAGCUCGAGCGGCUGUUCCUGCACAACAACCGGAUCACACACCUGGUUCCCGGGACCUUCAGCGGCCUGGAGUCCAUGAAGAGACUCCGACUGGACUCCAACGCGCUGCACUGUGACUGCGGGAUCCUGUGGCUGGCGGACCUGCUGCGCACCUACGCCCAGUCGGGCAAUGCUCAGGCGGCCGCCACCUGUGAAUUCCCCAGACGCAUCCAAGGGCGCUCGGUGGCCACCAUCACCCCGGAGGAGCUGAACUGUGAGCGGCCACGGAUCACGUCAGAGCCCCAGGACGCUGACGUGACCUCGGGCAACACCGUGUACUUUACCUGCCGAGCCGAGGGCAACCCCAAGCCCGAGAUCAUCUGGCUCCGAAACAAUAACGAGCUGAGCAUGAAGACAGAUUCCCGCCUAAACCUGUUGGACGACGGCACCCUGAUGAUCCAGAACACCCAGGAGACAGACCAGGGCAUCUACCAGUGCAUGGCCAAGAACGUGGCCGGAGAGGUGAAGACGCAGGAGGUGACCCUCAGGUACUUUGGGUCUCCAGCUCGACCCACUUUUGUAAUCCAGCCACAGAACACGGAGGUGCUGGUGGGCGAGAGCGUCACCCUGGAGUGCAGCGCCACGGGCCACCCUCCGCCCAGGAUCACCUGGACCCGCGGGGACCACACGCCCCUGCCCGCCGACCCGCGGGUGAACAUCACGCCCUCCGGCGGGCUCUACAUACAGAACGUGGUGCAGGCGGACAGCGGGGAGUACGCAUGCUUUGCGUCCAGCGGAGCUGAGAGCAUCCAGGCCACCGCCUUCAUCAUCGUCCAGGCUCUGCCGCAGUUCACCGUGACUCCCGAGGACAGAAUCGCCGUCGAGGGGCAGACGGUCGACUUCCAGUGUGAGGCCACGGGCUACCCACAGCCGGUCAUCGCCUGGACCAAGGGAGGCAGCCAGCUCUCAGUGGACAGGCGGCACCUGGUCCUGUCGUCGGGGACGCUCAGGAUCUCUGGGGUGGCCCUGCACGACCAGGGCCAGUACGAGUGCCAGGCGGUCAACAUCAUCGGCUCCCAGAAGGUCGUGGCCCACCUGACCGUGCAGCCCAGAGUCACGCCCGUGUUCGCCAGCGUUCCCAGCGACCGCACGGUGGAGGUGGGCACCAACGUUCAGCUGCCUUGCAGCUCCCAGGGGGAGCCGGAGCCGGCCAUCACCUGGAACAAGGAUGGGGUCCAGGUGACGGAAAGCGGGAAAUUUCACAUCAGCCCCGAGGGAUUCCUGACCAUCAAUGACGUGGGGACGGCGGACGCCGGCCGCUACGAGUGCGUGGCCCGCAACACCAUCGGCCAUGCCUCGGUCAGCAUGGUGCUCAGCGUGAGCGUUCCUGAUGUCAGUCGCAACGGGGACCCCUUCGUGGCUACAUCAAUCGUGGAAGCCAUCGCCACCGUGGACAGAGCCAUCAACUCGACCCGCACGCACCUGUUUGACAGCCGCCCUCGCUCUCCCAACGACCUGCUGGCCCUGUUCCGGUAUCCGCGGGACCCCUACACGGUGGAGGCCGCCCGGGCUGGGGAGAUAUUUGAGCGGACACUGCAGCUCAUCCAGGACCACGUGCAGCACGGCCUGACGGUGGACCUCAACGGGACAAGUUACCACUACAACGACCUGGUGUCCCCGCAGUACCUGAGCCUCAUCGCCAACCUGUCGGGCUGCACCGCCCACCGGCGCAUGAACAACUGCUCGGACAUGUGCUUCCACCAGAAGUACCGGACCCACGACGGCACCUGCAACAACCUGCAGCACCCCAUGUGGGGGGCCUCGCUCACCGCCUUCGAGCGCCUGCUGAAGGCCGUGUACGAGAACGGCUUCAACACCCCACGGGGCAUCAACCCCCAGCGGCUGUAUCACGGGCACGCGCUGCCCGCGCCCCGCCUGGUGUCCACCACACUCAUCGGCACGGAGACCAUCACCCCCGACGCCGAGUUCACACACAUGCUCAUGCAGUGGGGCCAGUUCCUGGACCACGACCUGGACUCCACGGUGGUGGCCCUGAGCCAGGCCCGCUUCUCGGACGGGCAGCACUGCAGCUCGGCCUGCAGCAGCGACCCGCCCUGCUUCUCCGUCAUGAUCCCGCCCAGCGACCCACGGGCCCGCGGCGGCGCCCGCUGCAUGUUCUUCGUGCGCUCCAGCCCCGUGUGCGGCAGCGGGAUGACCUCGCUGCUCAUGAACUCCGUGUACCCGCGGGAGCAGAUCAACCAGCUCACCUCCUAUAUCGACGCCUCCAACGUGUACGGGAGCUCGGAGCACGAGGCCCGCAGCAUCCGGGACCUGGCCAGCCAGCGCGGCCUGCUGCGCCAGGGCAUUGUGCAGAGGUCCGGGAAGCCGCUGCUGCCCUUUGCCACGGGGCCGCCCACGGAGUGCAUGCGGGACGAGAACGAGAGCCCCAUCCCCUGCUUCCUGGCCGGGGACCACCGCGCCAACGAGCAGCUGGGCCUGACCAGCAUGCACACGCUGUGGCUGCGCGAGCACAACCGUGUCGCCACGGAGCUGCUGCGCCUGAACCCGCACUGGGACGGCGACACCGUCUACCACGAGGCGCGCAAGCUCGUGGGGGCCGAGAUGCAGCACAUCACCUUCCAGCACUGGCUGCCCAAGGUGCUGGGGGAGGUGGGCAUGAAAAUGCUGGGCGAGUACCGUGGCUACGACCCCAGCAUCAAUGCCGGCGUCUUCAACGCCUUCGCCACGGCCGCCUUCAGGUUCGGCCACACACUCAUCAACCCCGUGCUCUACCGGCUGGACGAGAACUUCGCGCCCAUCCCGCAGGGCCACCUCCCCCUACACAAGGCCUUCUUCUCCCCGUUCCGCAUCGUCAACGAGGGCGGCAUCGACCCGCUGCUCCGCGGGCUGUUCGGCGUGGCCGGGAAGAUGCGCGUGCCAUCCCAGCUGCUCAACACGGAGCUCACCGAGCGGCUCUUCUCCAUGGCGCACACCGUGGCCCUCGACCUGGCCGCCAUCAACAUCCAGCGGGGCCGGGACCACGGCAUCCCGCCCUACCACGACUACCGGGUCUACUGCAACCUCUCGGCGGCCCACACCUUCGAGGACCUGAAGAACGAGAUCAAAAACCCCGAGAUCCGGGAGAAGCUUCGAAGGCUCUACGGCUCCCCCCUCAACAUCGACCUGUUCCCAGCCCUCAUGGUGGAAGACUUGGUUCCCGGCAGCCGCCUGGGACCCACCCUUAUGUGCCUGCUCAGCACCCAGUUCAAGCGGCUGCGAGACGGCGACAGGCUGUGGUACGAAAACCCAGGGGUGCUGACCCCUGCCCAGCUGACGCAGGUGAAGCAGACGUCCCUGGCCAGGAUCCUGUGCGACAACUCCGACAACAUCACCCGCGUGCAGACGGACGUGUUCCGGGUGGCGGAGUUCCCGCACGGUUACACCAGCUGCGAGGACAUCCCCAAGGUGGACCUCCGGGUGUGGCAGGACUGCUGUGAAGACUGCAGGACCAGGGGCCAGUUCAACGCAUUCUCCUAUCACUUCCGUGGCCGCCGGGCCCUGGACUUCAGCUACCAGGACGAUGAGCCUUCGCCGAGAGCCAGGCCGCGGGGGGCCCGCAGCGUGAAACAUGGCCAGCGCCAUGGCAACACCACGUCUGCCUCCUACGAGCACAACAAGGGACCGGGGACGAAUGACUUCAAAGAAUUUGUCCUGGAAAUACAGAAGACCAUCACAGGCCUCAGGAACCAGAUAAAGAAGCUCGAGUCGCGGCUCAGCACCACGGAGUGCGUGGACGCCCACGGCGAAUCUCACACCAACGGCGCCAAGUGGAACAAAGACGCGUGCACCGCGUGCGAGUGCAGAGACGGGCAGGUGACCUGCUUCGUGGAAGCUUGCCCACCUGCCCCCUGUGCAGCGCCUGUGAAAGUCAAAGACGUGUGUUGCCCGGUCUGCUCGGAGCAGACAGCCGAGGACGGGCGCUAGGCUGCGGCCGGGCUCCGCGGCCGGGCAGGGAGCUGCAGCCCCAUGGAGCCACCCAGAACUCGACAUUUCAAGAGGACGUCCAGCUGGUGCCGCUUUGGAGAGCCGUGAGGGAGCAUGGGCCCAGCGUGCAUGGAGGCGGGCACAGCACACGGGCAGGGGGCAGGCACGCGCCCUUGCACGCGGCCGGUUUCUCAGGUUCUUAUUUAAUUCUUUUAAAAGGAAAAAUUGGUGCUACUAUUAAAUUACACAGUUAAGUUGUUUAGGCUCCUAAAUUGGUUUUUGCCCGCCGACACAGUUCCUUUUUAAACGAAGCGGGGUGGCCCCGGGGGUCAGCUGUGCCUGGCUCUGAGGCCACAGAUCCACAGAAAUCUGGGCUGCACCACACGCCACGCCUGAAAGGAAAGCUGGUGUCUGGCAAGCAGGACACAGUCUGUGACGAGCGGCGGUCUCCACGGCCACCCAGCUCCCGGCCCCUCCCUGCUACCUGACCUCUCUCCCUCCUGCGUCAGCAUUCGGUCAUCAGGCGGCCCCUCCCAUGCAGCUCCUCGCACACCUGCUCCCAACCUUACUAAGCCACACUUGGACACAAUGGCUGUGACCCAGAUGGGAGCCCGUCACUGCCCACACCUACGGAGCAGCCGUGCACCGCGGCCCUGGCUCUGUCCUCACCCCUGAGGCUCCGCUUCUGGCCUGAGCCUGUGGAGCAAGGGCGGCUCCCCGGAUCCUUGUGACAGGAGGCAUCUGAACGUUGGGACUUGCCGCUGUGUGAGUGUUAUCCCUGGACCUCAUCUGUGUUUCUUAAACACACGAUGCACCUGGUGUUUAGGGUCAGACACGGCAGAAACCUCACUUCUAUGCAAAGUAGUGUUAGAAUUCGGGGUAGAGCCGCUGUCAGACCUCACGUCUCAUUCCGUUUGACCCGGAGCUUCCAUUUUGUCCUAAAUACAGCAAUUGUGUUCAGAGAAAAGGCCCCUGGACAUGCACCUUCCAUUCCACACCGUUUACCCAAGCGCUGCUGUGUGCACGGCCCUGUGCAGCCGUCAGUGCCCGCCAGAACUGAUGGGGCCCAGCCGGGCAGAUGUCCGGAAUCGGUGGUACACAGGGUCCGUGUCCUCUCCACGGGAGGCCCCGAGCCUUCAUGCACGAGACUGCCAAGGUGUAGGCCAAGUGCCAGCCGGGAGAGCGCCCACAACAGGGUCGUAGCGUUUCACGUACAGAAUCCGUCACCUUGCUUCACAUCCUCCUAUUACUGCGUGGCAAUCAAAGCUGGCUGGCGUGUCCCGUUACCUGGGGAGCCUUCUCAUGUGUCUGUACAGAUGUAGCCGUCAGGCCUCGGAACAGAUUCUGCACACCAGGCGGCUUGGCAGCAGAGUACGCUGCUCAGGCAUACACGUGGCAGCCGGUUCCGUGUCCUGGGGGCGUGCUGUGGUCUGGUCUUGGAGGCAUUGUGCACGUGGCACAGGGCAUGGCACACGAGCACCUGUCAGGGGAGCCAACUGGCAUCUGCAGUCAAGUCCUGCCAAUCAAACCAAAACGUCCCCGGUGUCACCAGUCCGAUGUCGGUCUGUGAUAGCGACACAGCGGGCAUGGCCUGGACAGACUGUCCCUGUAGCCGCCCAGUGAGGCUCGCUGGAACAGGAGGUGUAUAUAUAUUGGUUUACUUUCCUAUCUGUUGCUGAUGCCUUUUUUACGUUCAUUGUAUGCAGUACCUUACCAAAGAAAUGUUUGCACUGUGUAGCAGCGCCCUUCAGUUCAAAUAAAUGGGUCGCGUUUUCAA